GGGGCUACCCGGGACACGUUUGAAGCAUCCUACCGUACGAUCGCUGAGACGCUUCUACUGCCGCGGCGGACGGAUGCCGAGGUGAACGUCCUUGCGCUGGUGCGCGACUGGUUACAAAAGGUCGACGGCAACCCUUUUCUAAUGGUCAUCGACAACGCCGACAACGUUGAUAUUCACUCCGGCAACGUGCUACAUGACGACGGGCUAGCAUUAUACCUGCCAAAGUGCGAUCACGGCAAGGUGCUGGUUACGACACGAAGUAGAAACGUAGCCGAGAAGCUCGUUGGACAUGGCGAGUGGAUUCAGCAGGUACCAGUCAUGGAGCACGACCAGGCGCUCCAGCUCUUGUACAGAAGACUGGGGAGCGAAGAGGAGAGCGACGCAAGAGACCUGAUCCGGGCACUGGAUCAUAUACCGUUAGCUAUCAGCCAGGCUGCGGCGUAUAUCCACCGCCGGAGGCCCCGAGUGACACUCCGAUCGUAUCUGGAAGAGUUCAACGGGAGCCAGAAGCGGAAGAGAGGACUGCUACGCAGCGAUAAGGGCGAUCUUGGGCGAUAUGAAGGGGUGUCUAACUCCGUACUGGUCACGUGGCAGUUGACAUUUGACAGGAUCCGGGAGGAUCACAGGCGCGCUGCUAACCUCCUCGCCCUGAUGAGCCAGUUUCAAUCACAAAACAUACCCGAGAGCAUGUUGCACGGGUAUGACGACACAGUCACUGAUAGCCAGAGCGAUCAAGAUGAUGCGGGCGUCAGCCUCAACAAUGAGGGCAGCGAUGGGGGCAGCGAUGGGUCGGAAUUCGAGAACGACCUAGACGUUCUCCGAGGCUACUCCCUUGUUACGGUCAAAACUUCAGUGGAAACGAGAAAGAAUACCCUGGCACUUGGCCAUACCUCCACGCUGACAAGCAUGGCCAACCUGGCGUCGACAUACAGUAACCAGGGACGGUGGGAGGAGGCAGAGACGCUUUUUGUGCAGGUGAUGGAGACGAGCAAGACGAAGCUUGGGGCGGACCAUCCCUUAACGCUAACAAGCAUGGCCAACCUGGCGGCGACAUACAGGAACCAGGGACGGUGGGAGGAGGCAGAGACGCUUGGGGUGCAGGUGAUGGAGACUCGCAAGACGAAGCUUGGGGCGGACCAUCCCUCAACGCUAACAAGCAUGGCCAACCUGGCGUCAACAUACAGGGACCAGGGCCGGUGGGAAGAGGCAGAGACGCUUGAGGUGCAGGUGAUGGAGACGAGCAAGACGAAGCUUGGGGCGGACCAUCCCGAUACGCUAUCAGUUAUGGCCCAUCUGGCGUCAACAUACAGGGACCAGGGCCGGUGGGAGGAGGCAGAGACGCUUGAGGUGCAGGUGAUGGAGACGAGCAAGACGAAGCUUGGGGCGGACCAUCCCGACACGCUGGCGAGUAUGGCCAACCUGGCGUUGACAUACAGCAACCAGGGCCGGUGGGAGGAGGCAGAGACGCUUGAGGUGCAGGUGAUGGAGACGAGCAAGACGAAGCUUGGGGCGGACCAUCCCGACACGCUAAAGAGCAUGGGUAACUUGGCGUCGACAUACAGGAACCAGGGCCGGUGGAAGGAGGCAGAGAUACUUGAGGUGCAGGUGACGGAGAAUUUCAAGACGAAGCUUGGGGCGGACCAUCCCGACACGCUAAAGAGCAUGAGUAACUUGGCGUCUACAUACAGCAACCAGGGCCGGUUGAAUGAGGCCGAGACACUUGAGCAUGAGUAA